AUGAAAUUCACGUCCGUAUCCGUUGUAAUUUCUAUUCUCCUCGCGGCCUCUGCUGCUGCUGCACCUUUAGCAAAACAUAAGAAACGUGAUGCAAACCCUCAUGAAAAACGUGUUGCCGUUCCAGGAGAUGGUGAUUACGGAUAUGGUAAUGACGGUGAUGAUUACGGAUAUGGUAAUGACGGUGAUGAUUACGGAUAUGAUCAUGAUGGUGAUGAUUACGGAUAUGGUCAUGAUGAUGAUGAUGAUGAUGAUUACGGAUAUGGUCAUGAUGAUGAUGACUAUGAUGACAAUUACUAUGGUGGUGAUUCCUAUGGUGACUCCCACGAUGACGACUCCUACGGUGACGGUUCCUAUGGUCAUAGUUACAAAUCCAAGCGAAGUGUCCCAGCCAAGUUCAGGCGCAAUGCCCUAGGUAAACGUGGAGACGACAACUCCUAUGGUUACGACUCUUAUGGAGACAACUCCUACGGUUACGACUCCCACGAUGAUGACUCCUACGAUGACUCCUACGGUGACUCCCACGAUGACGACUCCUACGGUGACUCCUAUGGUGAUUCCCACGAUGACGACUCCUACGGUGACUCCCACGAUGACGACUCCUACGGUGACGGUUCCUAUGGUGACUCCCACGAUGAGGACUCCUACGGUGACGGUUCCUAUGGUCAUAGCUACAAAUCCAAGCGAAGUGUCCCAGCCAAGUUCAGGCGCAAUGCCCUAGGUAAACGUGGAGACGACAACCCCUACGGUUACGGCUCCUAUGGAGAUUCACACGAUGAUGACUCCUACGGUGACUCCCACGAUGAUGACUCCUACGGUGACUCCCACGAUGAUGACUCCUACGGUGACUCCUACGGCGACUCCCACGAUGAUGACUCCUACGGUGACUUCCACGAUGAUGACUCCUACGGUGACUCCCACGAUGAUGACUCCUACGGUGACGGUUCCUACGGUGACAAUUACUAUGGUGGCAAUUCCUAUGGAAACGACGGUGAUUAUAGACGCAAAUUCAGACGCAAUGCUUUAGGCAAGCGUGCUUUAGUUCGACGAAAGUAUUAA